CGCUCUUCACAACCCCGUCAUCAUAAUUUAAUAUAUAAUCUUGGACUACAACAGCAAGCCUUUCAAAUCGUCAAUCUGGCAGGCAUUCUCUGGACACACCUCUCUUCCCCACCAACCCCACCCCAACCCGACUCAACUCCAUCUCCGCCUCUUUCUCGCCCGAUCAAACCGAUCAUGUCACGGACACCCGAUCCCCCCAAACUCACCCCUCAAUUCUGCUUCAACCACACUGCUCUGCGAGACUUCCUCCGCGUCUCAAGAGGCGCCAUAGACGACACCAUCUCGCAGAAUCUCAACGCCCUCGUAACCCCCGGUGACCGACCUUUCGAUCCGUCCAGCACCACCGAGCGACAGCCGCGACCAAUCGGGCGGAGAAGAAUAGAUGCGCAGGCAUGCGGCGAGUUCAAGGACAAGGUUCUCUUCCCAAGCUGGCAAGUGCGCAGUGACGUCUUGAACUACUGCGCAGGCGUGGCUACGUCGCCCGAUCCCGACGAUCCCGAUCAUAUGCUGCGGGAAGUGGAGGAUGAAAGAGCGAGGGAGAGAGUGGUGAAUGAAAGGUUGGAUCCGUACAGCGGGAGGUAUUUCCCUCGAGAUACGAGGACAGAGGCGCUGGCGGCGUUGGUGAGGAAUGAGCGCGUGGUAGAGGGGAUCAUUCGAGCUAGGACGUGGGGCCUGGUAGGCGAGAGGUGUGACAAUGAGGGAGUAGAGAUGGAACGAGCGGUGGAUGAGUGGAGGCGAGGGCAGCGAGGUCAAUAACGAUGAGACGAUAUAGAUGAGUUACGGUAAUCUCGACUUCUAGACG